AUGGCAAGACCGGCAAGAGGAAAGAAGCUGGUUACGAGAGAUGGAAGCAAGGCGGCUAGGGUUACGGAAUCGGAAAUUGAGGAACCAUCUGGGAACUACUUAUCGUCGGAACUGACGCUAAAGGAUCCAGCGCGUCAAUUGCUGAUCAAAGGUGAUGUUAACAAUGUGCUAAGUCAUGAGGAGAAGCAAGGUGGAUUACCAGUCUCAUUGAAUGAAGUAGAAGGGUUUAGAAUGGCAAUUGAUGAAUGUCAGCUGGAACAUCUUCUAUGUCAAGGAGGAUUCUUCACUUGGAAUGACAGGCAGCUGGGAACAUACCGAAUAAGUGCAAAACUUGAUAGGGUAUUGAUAAAUGGUGAAUGGUUGAAAAGAUUUGAAGAAAUUUUUGUAACUGUUUUGACGGAAAGCAUAUCUAACCAUUGUCCUUUGUUAGUGAAAUGGGAGUAUCACAGUUGCAGAACUAAUAGAUAUUUCAAAUUUUAUAAUAUGUUGACAGAGGCAGUAGGAUAUAAGGAUUUGGUUCAACAAAGUUGGAGGAUGCCAGUUAAGGGAACAAAGCAAUUUCAGUUAGUCCAGAAGCAACAGAGAUUGAAAAGGGAAUUGAAGCUACUCAAUAGAGAUAGAUUUGCUCGUGUGGACAUCCAAGUUCAGGCAUAUAGAGAAGAAAUGGAGCAUAUUCAAGCUGAAUUGCAGGUGCAGCCCAAUGAUGAACAGUUGUAG